ACGUAGCAUCCGCGUGCGGUGUUGGCGCUGUCAGUCGUUUAAGGGUGUCGGUCCUGUAUUGAGUCUUUCGCCCACAUAGUAUAACGGCGUCGUCGAUGAAAGGGGAGCAGACGCAGCCAUGGCACACGGGAUGAAGGAACGAUUUGACAACUUUCUGCAGGAGAAGAACCUCAUGACAGACAUCUUGGCCAAGAUCGAGGCGAAAACAGGAGUGAGCAGGACGUACGUCGCGUUUGCUGCCAUUGCUGUCACCGCAGUGUACCUGGUGAUUGGGUACGGAGCCUCCCUGCUGUGCAACCUCAUCGGGUUUGCUUAUCCAGCCUACGUAUCGAUCAAGGCAAUCGAAAGUGCAACCAAAGAGGAUGACACAAAAUGGCUGACCUACUGGGUGGUCUAUGGAGUCUUUAGUGUGGCCGAGUUCUUUGCGGACAUUUUCCUCUCCUGGUUCCCAUUCUACUAUACUGGAAAGUGUGCUUUCUUAGUGUGGUGUAUGGCUCCUACUCCUUCUAACGGAUCAGUCCAGAUCUACACACGGAUCAUUCGUCCUCUUUUCCUUAAGAAUGAAGCCAAGAUUGACAAUGUGAUGAAGAACCUCAAGGACAAGGCAUCAGAGGCUGCUGACGAAUUUAAAGAUGAAGCCAAGAGAGCCGCAGCAAACAUCAUGUUUGAGGAGAAGAAGAACUACUAAGGAGGACGUUCUCUUUCCAUUGUGUAAUCUUUAGAGUCGACUGUAUUACAGAUGCAUAAAUGUUGCCUUGAAAAUGUUUCAUGGUAAAUGUGAUAAAUUAUGCUGAUACAUUACUAACCUUGGCCUUUAAUCAUAAAGGUGGUAGUUGUUAAUGAUCAUAAAAUCAAAAAACACAUUACCAUGGACAAUUUCUAUAUUUAAUUUGCAUUUCCUAAGACAAUUUCAAUUUUUAUCUUUGCCUAUAUGGAGGUUAACAGAUGAUAUGCUGAGACAGACCAUAUAAAUCCAACUUCCUCAAUGUUACCAAAUAAAAUGUAGAUUUGCUGUUUUCUGACUAUCACAAUUUCUUCAAAUGGUUUUUGUUGUUGUUUGUUUUUUGUAAUGGUGUAAUACAUUUAUCAUGUUGUGCUUUUGGCAAGGGCUGUAUGAACAUUAAAUGGCUGAUUAAUGGA